AAUUGCUCUAGCAACACUUGCUUGUCAUUUUCAGGAAUUCCCCUAAUGCUGUUUCUGUUUGUGACAUUUGUAUCUAAUCUAAUCAUGCGCAUAUAGUCAUUGUAAUAAACGAGUCGAUCGAUAGUCAGAUUUUUAACAUUGCUCCGCUGGAGUGAGCUUAACAAAAUUGUGUGAUUUCUAAUCUUAAAAAAUAUUAAUAAAGAUGUCUGCACUGUCCAGUCAACAUGAGACGCGAGAUGGUGAUACUAGUCUUCAAUCCGAGUCCUCGCCAGCAAUAAAACAUCCUCUCGAGCACACUUGGAGCUACUGGCUUUACACAAAUAAGAGUAAAGAAUGGAUACACAACUUGGUUGAAUUAUCAACAUUCGCUACUGUAGAAGAUUACUGGUGUUUAUACCACUACAUGAAACUACCUUCAGAGUUAAACCAUGGACAAGAUUACAUGAUUUUUAAGAAAGGUAUUCAGCCUACGUGGGAGGAUCCGAUUAACGAAAAGGGCGGACGUUGGAUAAUUUGCGAAAGCAAAUCUGCGCGCAAUCUUGACCCUCUGUGGUUGGAUCUGAUCCUGCUGAUGAUCGGUGAAAAUUUCGAACAUCCCGAUUUAAUUUGCGGCGUUGUCGUCAAUAUUAAAGCGAAAAGCAAAAUAUGUGACAUUAUGGACACGUGGUGAAGACAAACAGAAAAAUAUGAAGAUCGGCAAAACAGUAAAAGAGAAAUUGAAUAUUAACAGAAACAUCAGUUACUUCAAUCAUAAUACUACAUCUGCGAAAUAUUUUGUUUAGAAUUGCUAUUUUAUUAUUAUAUUAAAACAUACAGAAGUA